AUGAGUAAAAGUCACAAGACUUUGACCCUGCGGCUGAGUUCCAUCCAGAAUCGACCAGAAAACAAGACUUGCUGUGAAUGCUCCUGCAGCAAUCCUAGCUGGGCCUCUCUAGCGAAAUCACCGCUAGCAGAUGCUCGAGAAGAUGAUCGUCUUGGCGCCUUUAUAUGUUAUGCUUGCUCAACGGCACACAAACAGUUGGGAGAAAGUCUCUGCACUGUAAAGAGUAUUGCAGUGGGUUCCUGGACAAUGGCUGAUGUCAUGGCCAUGGAACGUGGAGGAAAUGAUGUAAUGAAUCAAAUCUUUGAAGCAACCUUGCCAACAGAAAGCUCAAGCUUAAAGCCCACCGAAUCGUCAGAAACGCCCGAGCGAUGCGCAUUUUUCAAUCUGAAAUAUGGAGAGCGAAAAUUUUACUGUCCGGAUACUGCCAGUCGGCUUAUCCUGCCAAAUCCCAGUCCAGCAGCAUCUAGUAGUGAUUCGCCUUCUUUGAGUGGGAGAAGGUCCGCUCUAUCGGCCUAUCGGCAAAGGUCUUUGCCCACACUGAGCUUGGACGAGCAUUUGAAUAGUAGUCCGAGUCGAUCAGGGAGACGUGGCGUACGUCGAGUCCAUUCAUCAGAUGAAGAUGAAUGGGAGCCUCUCUCACCAGUUAGCAUUGGUGUAUAUUCGAAUUCGAUGAGCACCAUUUCUACGAAAUCCACUCUCUUUACCAACAGCAGCAGGUCCAAUCGCCGGAUUCAAUUCAUCAAGGAGUCUCCGGUAAAGUCCUCCACUGGUCGGCUCAUCAAUGUUUCUCUCGAGUCCUUUAUCGAAUCAUCCAACAAUCUAGAUCCAAACAAUAAACGAAUGAGAAACAAUGGAUUGGACCUCAAUACUCCCCCGAUCAUGGAGGUCUCGGAUCGAAGACCCUCGUUACUGGACGAAAAGAACAAAGACACAAGGCCUAAAAUGUGUCAACGACACCGAAGCGAACGAAGCUUUUUAGCUGCUGGUGACUUGAACUCGGAAGAAGGAGCAAGUCGAAGAAGUAAUUUCUCAAGAGGAGGACGGAGGACACUCAGUCUCGAUGCUGACCAAGUCUUGUUGGAAGAGAGUGAUCACAAGGAUACGAGGCCAAAAAUGUGUCGACGACACAAAAGCGAACGGUCAUUUGCAGUCGGUGACUUGAACUCGGACGCAGGAAGUGGCAGUAAUUUUUCAAAAGAGUGGCGGGCGCCUAGCCUCGAUGCGGAUCACAAAGAUACGAGGCCUAAAAUGUGCCAACGACACCGAAGUGAACGAACCUUUGCUAGUACUGACUUGAUCUCAGAAGCAAGAAGCCGCAGUAAUUUACCCAAAGGACGAAGGACACUCAGUCUCGAUUCAGAUCAGAACUUUUUGGAGCAAAUAAUCGCCAGCGAACAACCAGCGACAGCAGAAGAUCAACAACCGGUUCGAAGGCGCCGAGGAAGCAUGGGCGGACGAAGAACCUCGCCCAUUCAAUCCUUAGAGAAUGGACCUGUUCGUCGCCGAGGAAGUAUGGGUGGACGUAGAACCGCGUCCAUUGAACAGCAAGAACCACUAUGCCUAGAGAAUGGACCUGUUCGGCGGCGAGGAAGUAUGGGUGGAAGACGAGUUUCGUCCAUUGAACGCUUGAAUCGUCGAACGACCAGUAUUGAUGAUUCUCAGCAACAAGGAAAGCGCAGGGCAAGUUUGAGCCGUCGAAACCUAAGCCUAGAUUCCGACGACAUUAUGGGAAGCCCUCAAGCACCCCGAACGCAACGUCGCAAUUCCAUCGAAUCCACUUCCCAGCGGGAACGGCCCAAGUACUCACGAGAUCUAAGCGCAUUGGACACGAGUGGACACCCUACGCCGGAAGCCCAGCCACGAGCAGCAUGGAUGGAGGGCAAGACUCCGAGGACUACUGGCCGGAGAAAAUCUGUCGGCGUGGAAAGUGGUACUACUACAAGACGAAAUUCCUUGACUGCUGGAGGAAUGAAUGGAUUGGACCGCUCGGAUCGAUCUCUUUCAAGUCAUGGUACCGGUCCAAGCAUCGUCCGUCGCGCCAAGCGAAACUUUGCUAGACAAGGAAGAAACGAGACGAAAGAGGCGAAGGGGGAACUCAGUGAUUCCGAACGUUCUUCUAAUGUUCGUCGAACAUAUUCAGGCGACAGCCUCAAGAACAGCAGUCACCAUAGGAGACAGGGUUUGAUCUCUGGUGACAAGCGACCAUCCUCACGAGGUUUGGACCUUCGCAACAGUCUUGGAGUUCCUCGAAUAAGGACCGAUUCCGAUAUGUCAUCCAGCCUAUUAGCAUCUACGCAAAGUGGCAGACGAAACAGUAACAUUGCGGUUCUGGGGAGGAACCAAAAUUCUAGGUCUGCGUCCAACAGCGAUUUGGCAUCAAAACUGGACUUCAUCGAUCGAGAAUCGAAUGGAACGAAUUCCAGUAGUAGCGGAAACAAUAAGGCUCCCGCCUCGCCUCUCACGACGUCCACGCGAAGGCCGCCACGAAGCUUACAUGUGGUGGUGUCUGCUGAUGGUGAUGGGGACCGCACCUUUGUCAGCACCGUCACGGGAAAUAGUUCCCUUGAAUCCCACUGGUCAUUGCACAAAGAGCGUUGGGAGGCAUAA